AUGCGAAAAUUUUGGUUUGCAUUACGAUUUUUGUUGAAACGAUCCAGUACUACAAUUCUGCGGUACAGUCGUCCGAUAUUAAAAAGUAAAGUACUUGGUCGUGAUUUAACGCUCUGGAGGCGAAUUAUAAUACGACCACUUGCGUUGACAAGUUAUCAGAAGAAUUGGAGAAGUAACAAUUUGUUGGGUAUCAGUCGAUCAAAUAGACCUCUAUUGAAAAUUUAUUCUAACCCUGAUGUUUCGGAAAGAAUUAAGAAGUUAUUUCAAACAAACACAAGGUAUAAUAGCGGAUUACGAGUUGUGGAAAUACCCAACAGGCUUGAGGACUAUGAAAUAGGUAGUAAUAUUGCUUGCGGUUGUGAUGCUGCUGUAUAUGAAGCGCGUAUACGUACAUUAGAGAAAGCUGAAAGGCUUCCUUCUAGCAUUUGUGCAAACUUACCUUUCACUUCUUUUUCACAAAGGAAGCAGUCGGCUACGAAAGAUCCUGUUGUUGCAUACCCAUAUGCACUGAAAAUGAUGUAUAAUUAUGAAUUUGAUGCGUCAGAAAGGCAUCUAUGGAUAGAUAUGGGUACAGAACUAGUACCAUUGAUCGAAAAACCGCCAGAGCUGAUUGGUUUUAUGGCCAAUAUGACUUUUUUGCCGCAUGGGCAUCCAAAUAUAGUGCAAAUGUAUAAAGCAUUCACAGACUGUAUGCCAAUAUUGGAGGAUGCUCGACGUUUGUAUCCAGAAGCUCUGCCAACAGCUAGUUUUUAUGGAUUGAUUGUUGAUGAACCCAAAACACUGUUUAUAGUUAUGAGAAGAUAUCGAAUGACUUUACGAGAAUAUGUACUUACGCAUAAAAGAAAUUAUUGGUUUGGUAAGAUUAUGUUUGGACAACUUCUGGAAGCAAUUGUUUACCUUUAUAAUCAUCGAAUUAGUCAUCGCGAUAUAAAAUCAGAUAAUAUUCUACUCGAUUUCGAUUCCGAUGAUGAUGCACCACAUUUGGUACUGAGCGAUUUUGGUUGUGCAUUAGCAACAGGGUCUUGGAAAGUACGUUAUGACUUGGAUACGGUCCAUCUUGGAGGAAAUUUGGCACUAAGAGCUCCAGAAAUCCGUUGCGCUCAUCCAGCUCCCAAUAGUUGGGUUGAUUUUCAUAUGGCAGAUCUUUGGGCUGCUGCUACAAUUGGAUAUGAAAUUUUUACAAGAACAAAUCCGUUCUACAAUCAUAUGAGAAGCGAUCAGUAUGUGGAAUGUGAACUGCCACCGUUGCCGAAGAAGGUGGACUGUUCAGUAAAAAUGGUUAUUCGGGAUAUGCUACAAAUUGAUCCAAAUAAACGACCAGAUCCAUCUGUCGCGGCAAAUGUUCUUAGUAUAUCAUUGUUCCGGUUUGGUCAUAAUUUGCGUCAACUCCUUUAUGACUGUGGUUUUGAUGAAACAUUGUUUGGUGGAAAAAUUAACGAUUUAAAGAAUGCUGCAAGUAAAACUCUGGAAGCGCUUAAAGAAAAGAUGACAGCAUCGGUGAAUAAUUUUACUCUUCUGUUUGCCGCGGAAACAAUAUUAGCUCGAAAUAUUCAUCCAAAUGUGAUCAGUACAGCUGAACUGCAGCUUCGCGCAACAUUUCUAUCCCGAAUUGAUCACGAAUACAUUUGGUCAGCUUUGAGCUAUUUCUGCCAUGAAGGCAACUCAUCAAGAAACCACUCGAACUUUUUUACUACAAAAAUGGGAGAUCCAGUAUUUGCAGCUGGCGAUUCUGUAAAUAAUUUUAUUAACAUGUAA